GGGGACCAGCACAGAGUGUGUCUUUCAGCUCCAGCCAUGAGCAGAGAUGCUGCCAUGGAGGUUUUUGGUGAGGCUGCACCGUACCUGCGCAAGUCAGAGAAGGAGAGAAUAGAAGCCCAGAACCAGCCAUUUGAUGCCAAGACCUACUGCUUUGUGGCUGACCCUGAGGUGGAGUACACCAAAGGGAAGAUCAAGGCUGCACAGGAUGGGAAGAUAACUGUGGAGACAGAGGAUGGCAGAACAGUUGCUGUCAAACCUGAUGAUGUGUAUGCCAUGAACCCCCCGAAGUUUGACAGAGCUGAGGAUGUGGCCAUGCUGACCCACCUGCAUGAACCUGCCGUCCUCUACAACCUCAAGGACCGCUACAGCUCCUGGAUGAUCUAUACCUACUCGGGUCUCUUCUGCGUCACUGUCAACCCCUACAAGUGGCUGCCCGUGUACAACCCGGAGGUGGUGUUGGCCUACCGAGGCAAGAAGCGCCAGGAGGCCCCUCCACACAUCUUCUCCAUCUCUGACAACGCCUAUCAGUUCAUGCUGACUGAUUGUGAAAACCAGUCUAUCCUGAUCACUGGGGAAUCUGGUGCCGGGAAGACUGUGAACACAAAACGUGUCAUCCAAUACUAUGCAACCAUUGCAGCCAGCGGGGACCCAGCCAUGAAGGAGUCUGGGAUGAAGGGUACGCUCAGGGAUCAAAUCCUCAGCGCCAACCCACUGCUGGAGGCCUUUGGGAAUGCCAAGACGAUGAGAAAUGACAACUCCUCACGCUUUGGUAAAUUCAUUCGUAUCCAUUUUGGAACCUCUGGAAAACUGGCAUCCGGUGACAUUGAGACCUACCUGCUGGAAAAGUCAAGAGUCACUUUUCAGCUGAAAGCUGAGAGAAGCUACCAUAUCUUCUACCAGAUCCUCUCCAAUAAGAAGCCUGAACUGCUUGAGAUGCUUCUCAUCACUGCCAACCCAUAUGACUACCCCUUCAUCAGCCAAGGGCAGAUCUCUGUGCCCAGCAUUGAUGACCAGGAGGAGCUUGUUGCCACAGAUGCAGCCAUUGGCAUUUUGGGCUUCAGCCCUGAUGAGAGAAUGGGGAUUUACAAGCUGACAGGGGCAAUCCUGCACUACGGAAACAUGAAGUUCAAGCAGAAACCACGUGAGGACCAAGCAGAGCCAGAUGGCACAGAAGAGGCUGACAAAGCAGCAUAUCUGAUGGGCCUGAACUCAGCAGACUUGCUGAAAGCUUUGUGCUAUCCUCGUGUGAAAGUGGGAAAUGAAUAUGUCUUGAAGGGCCAAACAGUGGAUCAGGUGCACCAGGCAGUGAAUGCCAUUGCCAAGUCAGUCUAUGAGAAACUCUUCCUGUGGAUGGUGAUGCGCAUCAACCAACAGCUGGACACGAAGCUGCCAAGGCAGCACUUUAUUGGGGUCUUAGACAUCGCUGGGUUUGAGAUCUUUGAGUUCAACAGCUUUGAGCAGUUGUGCAUCAACUUCACCAACGAGAAAUUGCAACAGUUCUUCAACCACCACAUGUUCAUGCUGGAGCAGGAGGAGUACAAGAAGGAGGGAAUUGAGUGGGAGUUCAUUGACUUUGGGAUGGACCUGGCUGCCUGCAUUGAGCUUAUAGAAAAGCCCAUGGGCAUCUUUUCCAUCCUGGAAGAGGAGUGCAUGUUCCCCAAGGCAACUGACACCUCUUUCAAGAACAAGCUCUAUGACCAGCACCUGGGCAAGUCCAGCAACUUCCAGAAGCCCAAACCUACCAAAGGCAAGGCUGAGGCCCACUUCUCCCUGGUGCACUACGCUGGCACAGUGGACUACAACAUCACUGGGUGGCUGGAGAAGAACAAGGACCCCCUGAACGAAACUGUCAUUGGGCUGUACCAGAAAUCAUCUGUGAAGGUUUUAUGCCAUCUUUAUGCUGCCUUUUCUUCCGUAGAUGAAGCUGAAGGUGGUGGAAAGAAGAAAGAAACCAAGAAAAAGGGCUCUUCCUUCCAGACUGUAUCUGUGCUCUUUCGGGAAAAUCUAAAUAAGCUGAUGUCUAACUUGCGAACAACUCAUCCUCACUUUGUGCGUUGCAUCAUCCCCAAUGAGACAAAGACCCCAGGCCUCAUGGAUCACAAGCUCGUUCUGCACCAGCUGCGGUGUAACGGUGUCCUGGAAGGUAUUCGGAUCUGCAGGAAAGGAUUUCCUAACAGGAUUCCAUAUGGGGAUUUUAAACAAAGAUACCGCCUUCUGAACGCCGGUGUCAUUCCAGAGGGAAAGUUUAUUGACAGCAAGAAGGCAUGUGAAAAGUUGCUGUCUUCCAUUGAGAUAGAUCACACUCAGUACAAAUUUGGACACACUAAGGUGUUCUUCAAGGCAGGUUUGCUGGGUGUCCUGGAAGAGAUGCGAGAUGAUUGCUUAGGACAGCUGAUCACACGGACCCAGGCUUUGUGCAGGGGAUACCUCAGGAGACUUGAGCUCAAAAGAAUGUUCGACCAAAGAGAGUCCAUCUUCUGCAUCCAGUACAACAUCCGUGCAUUCAUGAAAGUCAAGCAGUGGCCCUGGAUGAAGCUGUACUUCAAGUUGAAACCUCUCUUGAAAAGUGUGGAAACUGAAAAAGAAAUGGCCACAAUGAAAGAAGAGUUUGAGAGAACAAAAGAAGAACUGGCUAAAUCAGAAACCAAGAGGAAAGAACUAGAAGAGAAAAUGGUGAUUCUGGUGAAAGAGAAAAAGGAGCUGCAGCUGAAAGUACAGACGGAAAAUGAAAAUUUGGCUGAUGCUGAAGAAAGAUGUGACCAGCUGAUCAAAGCAAAAUUCCAGCUGGAAGCAAGAAUAAAGGAGGUAAUGGAAAAGCUGGAGGAGGAAGAGGAAAUAAAUGCUGAUCUGGCAGCCAAAAAGAGGAAACUGGAGGAUGAAUGCUCUGAGCUGAAGAAAGAUUUUGAUGACCUUGAGUUAACAUUGUUCAAGGCUGAAAAGGAAAAGCAUACCACAGAAAACAAGGUGAAAAAUCUGACUGAAGUAGUGACAGGUUUGGAUGAGACUGUUGCAAAGUUAGUCAAGGAGAAGAAGGCCCUGCAAGAAGCCCAGCAACAGGCUCUGGAUGACCUGCAAAUAGAGGAGGACAAAGUUAAUAACCUCACCAAAGCCAGGACCAAGCUGGAGCAGCAAGUGAACCAUGUUGAAGGAUCUUUAGAACUGGAAAGAAAAGUGUGCGUGGAUCUUGAACGAGCAAAGAGAAAGCUUGAGGGAGACUUGAAACUUGCACAGGAAACCAUAGUGGAUCUGGAGAAUUAUAAACAACAUUUAGAUGAAAAAUUAAGGAAGAAAGACUUUGAUUUUAAUCAGAAGCAAAAUAAAAUUGUGGAACGGCAGAAUUCAGGUGCUCAAUUGCAGAAGAAGAUCAGAGAAUUGCAGGCCCAUGUUGCAGAGCUGGAGGAGGAGACUAUGAGUGAGAAAGCAACACGGGCAAAAGCAGAGAAGCAUCGUGGUGAGCUGGCUCAGGAACUUGAGCAAAUCAGAGGAAGCCUUGAAGAGGCUGGAGGAGCCACCACUGCUCAAACAGAACUUAACAAGAAGCGGGAGGCAGAAUUCCAGAAGAUGCGCCGGGACCUCGAAGAGGCCACGCUGCAGCACGAAGCCACGGCUGCCGCCCUGCGCAAGAAGCACGCGGACAGCACAGCUGAGCUGGGGGAGCAGAUCGACAACCUGCAGCGCGUCAAGCAGAAGCUGGAGAAGGAGAAGAGUGAGCUCAAGAUGGAGAUUGAUGACUUGGCCAGGAGCACAAAGACCAUUACUAAGUCCAAGGCUAAUCUGGAAAAAAGGUACCAGACCCUGGAAGACCAGAUGAGUGAGAUGAAAGCCAAAUCUGAAGAGAACCAGAGGAAUUUGAAUGAGAUGGUGAUACAAAAAGCCCAGCUCCAGACAGAGUCUGGUGAACUACGCCAUCGACUCAAAGAGAAAGAGACUGUAACGCUGCAGCUGUUGAGAAGCAAACAGGCACUUACACAGCAAAUGGAGGAACUCAAGAGGCAGUUAGAGGAAGAGAUUGAGGCCAAGAACGCCCUGGCCCACGCCCUGCAGUCCGCUCGCCACGACUGUGACUUGCUCCGGGAACAAUAUGAGGAGGAGCAGGAAGCCAAGGGGGAGCUGCAGCGCGCCCUGUCCAAGGCCAACAGCGAAGUGGCCCAGUGGAGAACCAAAUACGAGACGGACGCGAUUCAGCGCACGGAGGAGCUCGAGGAGGCCAAGUACGUGGGGAGUGGGAUGAGCUGUCCAGAUGUUACAUAUAUUGUGCAGGACAUAGAUCUACUUCUAGUAGCCCAACCUGAAUUAUUUUAG